GUGCAUCCAAGCAUCUCGACAGAGGCAGGAACAGACAGCUCCCCACAGUCCAAACCUGGCCAGGCUGCCCGCCCAUUUGAGCUGACGAGCACUGCCCCACCCGCCAAUUGAUGCGGAGCUGCCUGCCUGCUUGUGCUCCUCCAAGUCCAGUCCCAACCUUGACGCUCGUCGUCAGUUCGACUCGUCCCCAGGAAUAAACACGACGCCUGCCAAUCAAUCCGGUGUGUGCUUGGCACACUCUCCGCCACAAUGGCCGCUCUAUUCCGCGUCAAGGCCCUCUACGAAUACAUCUCCCCACACGAGGACGACCUCAACUUCGACGCCGGCCAAGUCAUCACCGUCACAGAAGAGGAGGACGAUGACUGGUACGGCGGUGCGUACACCGAUGCCGACGGCAACAAGCGCGAGGGCAUCUUCCCUCGUAACUUUGUCGAGAAGAUUGAGCCGGCCGCCCCGCCUCGUCCCACGAGGACCAGAACCAAGAAGGAGGAGCCUGAGCUGACAGCUGCUGCACCCGUGCCCGUGCCCGCUCCUGUGCCGCAAUCUCAGCCAGAGCCCGAUGCGACGAGGGAAGAGGACCGGCAAAAGCCUCAGCGGCAGCAGUCUGGCGAGAUCGAGCAACAGAGCUCUUCCGAGCCAGCAGCUCCCGAGCCCCCAGCUCCAGUACCAGCCCCUGCUGCCGCCACGAAGCCCGUUGAAGAGUCUACAGCUCCUCCUCCCAAGAGGACCGAGCCGGUUGCUGUUCCAGCUGCCAAGGAAAAGGCUGCGAGCCCGACCCCGCCCGUGUCCGACAAACCAUCCAGCAAUUCCUUCAAGGACCGCAUAGCAGCCUUCAACAAAUCGGCUGCGCCGCCUGUCGCGCCAUUCAAGCCUAGCGGACUUAGCACCAGUGCGGGCAGCAGCGGCGGCGGCGCUAGCUUCAUCAAAAAGCCCUUUGUUGCUGCUCCUCCUAGCCGCAACGCUUACGUCCCGCCCCCGCAACAGGCGCCUGUCUCCAAGGUCUAUCGACGGGACGAGGAUCCCGAGAUCCGAGAAAAGGAAGCCGAGAACAAGGUUCAGGCAGAGAAGGCUGGGCUGGUGCCUCACAGCGACGUAGAGCAAGAGGGCGAAGAGGGCGAGGACCAGCCUAAACCCACUACCCUCAAGGAGCGCAUCGCACUACUCCAGCAGCAACAGAGGGAGCAGGCCCAACGUCACGCAGACUCAGCUGCCAAGAAGGAAAAGCCAAAGAAGCCGGCCAAGAAGUCUGAGCCUGUCCCAGUUCCCGCGACCGCGGCCGGGGAAGCUGAGGACGAGGAUGUCGCAACACCCGUCUUGUCACCGCCCGCUCGCACAUCAACCGAAGAGUCAGCCGCUUCGAGAAUAUCGACCGAGGAGACUCGAACAUACGAGCCGCCACCAACUCGCCGCAAGUCCACCGUCAGGCCGCCGGUGCCUCAAGCCCAUGAUGGGAAUGAAGCCGAUGUGUCGGGUGCCGGUGACACCACGGAGGGUCAUGACGAGACUACGGAGCGGGAAGACAACGAAGAGCCGGCUGGACAGCCAGCGAGACCACAAGUACCGCCUGCCUCCGCUCCAAGUGUACCUCCACGACAAUCUCUAGAGGCACAGCGUGGACAGACGGCCGAUGUCGAAGAGGAAGACGAUGAGGGGGAAGAGGCAGAAGAGGAGGACGAAGAAGAAGAAGAAGAAGACGUGGAUCCCGAAGUCAAGCGUAGGGAAGAGCUGCGUGCACGUAUGGCCAAGAUGAGUGGUGGCAUGGGAUUCGGUGGCAUGUUCGGCGGGCCUAUGCCUAGUGCUGCUCCGGCUCCGAAAAAGAAAAAGCCAGCGACUACGCCCAAGACUGAAUCGGCCCCGAUCGUGGAAGACGACGAGGAGCCCAUGUCUCCCUCAGCUGCUCCGCCAGUACCUACGAUGAUGGCCAUGCCUGGGAUGGGCGGCCCGAGGAAGUCGGAAGAUACAGCACGGUCAGUUGAGGAUGAGCCAAGAGAAGAGGAAGAAGAAGAGGAAGAAGAAGAGGAAGACGACGAGGAGACGCCAGCAGUGACCCCGGUCAUCAGUGGAGUACCAAGGGCGGUCCCCCCUGUACCUGGAGGUCGACCUGCACCACCUCCCGUCCCGGCAGAAGCUCGUCCACCACCCCCUCCGCCCCCAGCAGCCGGGCCUGACUCACCAACCGACGGAUCGGCCUCCGACGACGAACUGUCCGGUGCUGCCAGAGAACAGGAGCCUGAGAGUGCAGGUGUCGAAGCUCCCAAGGCACCUCGAUUACUACCUCCCAUGCCACCCAACCUGUCCUCGGCUCCUCAAUUACCAGCUCGCUCUCCUCCCACAUCACCCAGGACGGAAGACCUCCCGCCCAUGUCCCCCGUCGUUUCUGGCAACAAGCGUAACAGCAGGCCGCCACCUCCGGUUCCUGGCUCUGCACCUGCGCCACCGCCAUCCAGUAGCCGACCACCUCCUCCACCGCCUCCUGGCGCCGGUGGCCUCAGUCGGCAGUCGACGGCUGACGUGCAGGUACCACCAGUGCCGAUGCCUGUCAGGCCGCCUCAAGCCGGCGAAGAGAAUGAGAGCGAAGCUACAGAGUAUGAAGGGGACUACGACACCGACAUUGGCUCCUCGGUGCCUCACAAGGACGCACUCAAGGCUCACACGCGCGAGUCCAGCCAAGAGCUGCAGUCGCCUGUCGAUGUGCCUCCCUCGGCACCGCCUCAAGUGCCGUCGGCAGCAGCGCCGCGGGCAGUGCCACCGCCUGUCCCGAUGCAACCCCCUCAGUCACCAUCCAGCAAACGUCGCUCUGUGGAUGUCCCGCGAGCCGCUCCUCCGCCACCGCCUUCCAUGGAGGCUGUGUCGCCGGGAGCCACGCCGAACGAGUUCUCAUCCUACAACUACUCUGCGCCGACGCCCACUCUACUGAGCAAGACGCCGCGAAUCGAGGAGGAGGUGUAUUUCCCCGACCCACGGCAGGCCCAGCAGCCACCUGCGCAGUCGCCGCCGGCGGGGCGAGCGCCGCCGCCCCCAGCUCCCAGCGGACGAGGCCGUCAGUCGCUUGAUGUCGGAAGGAAAAGCAUGUCCGCACGUCGUUCAACGGACCAGCAACGUCCUGCCGGCGAGUCAGGAUUCAUUGCGGACGACAUUGACCUGGCGGUGCAGAGUGGAUGGUGGAAGCAGGCCGGCCAGGUCCCGCCUGUGCUGCAGGGCAGGCGCGACAUUUUCUUCGAGUCAGACGAGUCGACCACGACAAACCAAGGGUCUAAGACGAUUGUCACGAGGGAAACAUGGAUCCUGUUCCAGGACUACUCUCAAACGAUCAUCACCGCCCGGUAUGACCCUUACGACCCCUCUGAUGUAGAGCUGGAUCAACGUCAUGAGCCCCCGCCGCGACCGUUGCGCCAAGACGAGAUGGAAGACUUUUACGAGCGCUUUGGUCUACCCAUCUCCACCGCCGCCAGCUCCAAGAAGGACAGUGUUGUUGGAGAUGGCACGCCCAUGGGCCUUGUGCUGGAGCUCCUGCGGCCGUUCAAGGAUGCGCUCCGACCCAUUGGCAGCCGUGCAUUUGGCGCCCUCGUAUACUCUAACAUGGCCAAUGCCUCGACGCAACAAAACGACGUGAUCCGCCCCGGCGAUAUACUGUCCAUCCGCAACGCCAAGUUCCAGGGCAAGCACGGGCCGAUGCACGCCAAGUACAGUGUCGAGGUGGGCAAACCCGACCACGUGGCCAUUGUGGCCGAGUGGGACGGCACCAAGAAGAAGGUCCGCGCCUGGGAGCAGGGGCGUGAGAACAAGAAGGUGAAGAUGGAGAGUUUCAAGCUCGAUGACCUCCGGAGCGGCGAGGUGAAGAUCUGGCGAGUAAUGCCCCGGAGCUGGGUCGGCUGGAACACGCAGGCCUAGUGGGUUCAGGCGCGCAUGGAGGGGAGAUUGCCAGACGUCCCGAUGGAGGAAUGGCCUGAUCGAUACAAGUAUGAUAGUAGCAGUGAUGUCGUUCGAUGCGGUGUUUGUCGAUAGGUUCAGCAUUGGAGACGUUUAUACAUAUCAUGACUCUGAACGGGCCUUCGCUGGGUACACAUAUCACAUAUGCACAA